AUGAAACCUCACCCUGGGCAGACUAAGAAGGGCCACUCUGUGGUGACAUGCUGCUUUUACUGUUGUUUUUUUUCUUUAGGGUUUGGUCCUUUUGGGGAGCACACCGUGAACGCCAGCUGGAUUGCAGUACAGGAGCUGGAAAAGUUGGGCCUUGGCGACAGCGUGGACCUGCACGUGUAUGAGAUUCCAGUUGAGUACAAGACAGUCCAGAGGCUCAUCCCUGCCCUGUGGGAGAAACAUAGCCCACAGCUAGUGGUGCAUGUGGGUGUGUCAGGCAUGGCGACCACAGUCACACUGGAAAAGUGCGGCCACAACAAGGGCUACAAAGGGCUGGACAAUUGCCGCUUUUGCCCCGGCUCCCAGUGCUGCGUGGAGGAUGGGCCUGAAAGCAUUGACUCCAUCAUUGACAUGGAUGCUGUAUGUAAGAGGGUCACGACUCUGGGCCUGGAUGUGUCGGUGACCAUCUCGCAAGAUGCCGGCAGGUACCUCUGCGACUUCACCUACUAUACCUCUCUGUACCAGAGUCAUGGCCGCUCAGCCUUUGUCCAUGUGCCUCCGCUGGGCAAGCCAUACAACGCAGACCAGCUGGGCAGGGCACUGAGGGCCAUCAUCGAGGAGAUGCUGGGUGUCCUGGAGCAGUCAGAAAGCAAAAUCCACUGUCGCCACAAACACUGAGAGCCACUCAGGCCUCCCAAGACCUCAUCCCAUCAGGGACCCCAGGAGGAGACAAACCUUUCAGCUGGUGAUCUGAUUUGGAUCAGAUAUUUCUAUUUACAUACCUCCUCUCCCCUUUUCUCUGCAAAAGUGCUGAUUGAGUUGAAGGAGGCUGCUGAAGAUUUUUUCUGUUUCCCUUUGCAUCUGGGGAGGUGGCCAUGACAUAUGGGAGACCCUUGGGUGCGGAUUACUGAAGAGAAUCCUGAUCAGGUCGAUCUCCACACUGCGAUCCCACGACUGGGCCACCUGUACACCUGCUUUUCUAGGUCUCUGGCGAAGGGAUUUUGGAGUUCCUUCCAUCCUGUGACUGGCUUUUCCCAAACUUAAAAGGCUCUCAAAGAGUCUUUGCCCUGAUUUAUGUCCCAACAGCUUGAACAGCUUUGGAAUAUGUCGUGACUUUA